AUGAAGGAGGUGGCGUUGGACAGAGAUGUGGCCACAUUCUGCAAAGGCAACCAGUGUGUCUUCCUACAGCCCCGAGAUCAUCAACAGCUUGGCAGGAUGGCAGAAAAGCAAGAGGCUACCCAGGGCUUCUGGGGCUAUGUGGGGAGUUCUAGCACUUGGCAGGAGGAGCUACAGAUGCUGAAGUACCAAAUGGACAAUGUUAGUUCUCAGGUCCAGUUGCUCGGGAACCAUCUGGAGAAUGCCAGUGCUGACAUUCAGCAGACAAAAGGUGUGCUAAAGGACUCUGGUUCCUUGGCUUUGGAGACCCAGGCACUGAGAAGCUCCUUGGAGUCGGCCAGUGCUGAUAUCCAUAAUCUGAGAGGAGAUUUGGAAAAGACAAACGCUAUGACUUCCCAGACCCAAGGUCUCUUAAAGAGCAGCACAGAACACACCAGUGCUGAACUCCUCAUGCUGGACAAAGGCCUGAAGAAAGCCCAGACUGAGAUCCAGGCAUUGAGGGGAAGUCUGCAGAGUUCAAAUGACCUCAGCUCCCAGACCCAGAGCUUUCUCCAGCACAGUGUGGACAACACUAGCGCUGAGAUCCAGGCCGUGAGAGAUCACCUGGAAAGGGCUGCUGAUGAAAUGAGCUCAUUAAAGAAAGAUCUGGAAACAGUCACUGCUCAGGCUCAAAAGGCAAACGGCCACCUGGAGAAGACAGAUACCCAGAUCCAGGUGUUAAAAGCUGAGCUGAAAAGCACCAGUUCCUUAAACUCCCAUAUCGAGGCAGUCAGUGGUCAACUGAAAGACACCAGCAGAGAGUUACAGACCCUGAGAGGGGACCUGGGGGACGUUGCAGCGCUGAAGUCCAAGAUCCAGGUGCUACAGAGCAAUCUGCAGAAGGCCAAGGCAGAGAUGCAGAGUUUGAAAACCGAUCUGGAGGCUACCAAAACUCUCACUGCUAAGAUUCAGGAAGAACAGAGUCGCCUGAGGGCCCUGCAGGAAGCUGUGGCUUCACAGGAGCAGGUGCAGAGGAAUCAGAAUCAGCUUCUCCAGCUGAUCCUGCAGGGCUGGAAGGUCUUCCGUGGAAGCUUGUAUUACUUUUCUCACGAGGAGAAGUCGUGGCAUGAGGCUGAGAAGUUCUGUGUGUCCCAGGGAGCGCACCUGGCAUCAGUGACCUCUCAGGAAGAACAGACAUUCCUGGUAAAGUCCACAAGUACUGUGUACCAUUGGAUCGGGCUCACUGACCAGGGCACGGAAGGCAACUGGCGCUGGGUAGAUGGGACACCAUUCAAUCAUGCCCAGAGCGAGGGGUUUUGGGGAAAAAAUCAGCCCGACAACUGGAGACACACGAAUGGAGAGUUUGAAGACUGUGUCCACACACAGCAACUGUGGAAUGACAUGAUCUGUGGGGCCACCUACCCCUGGGUGUGCAAGAAGUCCAUUGGUCAGGCUGCGGCCUGAAUGGGCCCGAGCUGA